AUGAAAGACAUCUGGCCAGUGGGAUCCAAACAGCCAAACGGAGUCCAGCAGCGUUUGCCAUUUCACUUUGGCAGAUUAAGAGGAGCACUUAGCCGAGCGCGGGUAGCAGGAGCGUGCAUGCGGGUGACACAGUGGGAUACAAGAGGUGCAGAGAACCCACUAGUGUCAAGCAUUAGCCUCCCUAGGCGGCAUAUUCUCUACAUUAACCCCGUGCUGCGAGACACACCGCCAACGCUGAGCCUACACUUAAUGAAGAGUGACAGUGAAAAGGAAAGGAGAAAAUCAUCAAACAAUUUGUUUGUUUUCGAUGCGUUGGGAGCCCCUGUGUAUCGGGAGGUGACGCACUGGGCCAGAGCAUCGUUAGAACCAGUAGGUGGCCUACGCAGCAGCGAUGCUCACAGAGCACUCUUAUUUGGAAAAGUGGAAAUGCUGUCAGGUGGAGUGCUCCACUUGGGGGAUCCCAAGAUGUUCCCAGGCCAGAUAGGCUGUGUCUCCUUUGGGUCUCUUCCCAGAGGCAUGUGCCUGGAAAAUCUCAAAACAGAAGAAACCAAGAAGCAUCCUAGUCAGAUGCCUGAAUCACCUCAGGACCUGGAGCAGGUCGAGGUCUUGCAGAAGAAGUUUGACGACUUCCAGAAGGACCUGAAGGCCAACGAGUCCCGCCUGAGGGACAUCAACAAGGUGGCAUCUGAACUGGAGUCAGAAGGUCUGAUGGCUGAGGAGGCUCCUAUGGUUCAGGCUCAGCAACAAGAACAUCUGGGUUCUGCUCCUGGAAAGACCGUACGGUUGGGCGUUCAGACGACGGCUAACUUUAAUUCCAUCAAGGAGCUGAACAACUGCUGGCGCUCGCUGCAACAGCUGGCUGAAGACCGGAGCAACAUGCUGGGCAGCGCCCAUGAGGUGCAGCGCUUCCACAGAGACGCUGAUGAGACCAAAGAGUGGAUCGAGGAGAAGAACCAGGCCCUGAACACAGACAACUACGGCCACGACCUGGCCAGCGUUCAGGCUCUGCAGCGUGAACAUGAAGGCUUUGAGCGUGACCUGGCAGCUCUGGGUGAUAAGGUCCGCUUCCUGAUUGGUACCAGGACCCAGGUUGUCUCUGGAGACACGUUCUUCAUGGUUCUGGUGACUCCACCCCAGCCGUUCCUGAUCAGCAAUCAGCGGGGUGCUUUCCUAUUUAAGGUGGAUGGAGGACACAAUUUGACGCCAGAAGAUUGCCUCAGUUUUGGUAGUAACCAGCCACUCGUGUUACCUCUAGUGUUCCUAGGAUUAAUGUUAUUUCGUAGUGUUUUUGCUCUUAUAUUGGAUUUACCAUUCUUCAGGAUUCCUGUCGACCUAAUUGGAUACUGACCUCUACUCCAGGAUUUGGAUAUUCAACACACGGACCUUAUCACCAGCCUCCAUAACCCACCUCUCAUCUCACCCAGUGCCCCAUCCACCAGGACGCCCCGCUUCUCUCCACCUCUGCUCCCUACACCCACCACAGUAAGUCUGCUGAACACCUCUGCCUGCCUACAAUGGAUUUUGAAACCAGAACCUAAGCUCACCUGUGUUCUCCCUCCUCCAGACGCUGAGCUGUUGUUGCAUUUCCAACCACAGACUUAUCUGUGCACCUUAAGUUCCUCCUUAUAAAUAAAUCAUUUUUUCCAUCAGUUUUUGGUCAGUGUUGUAUUCUGCAUGUCUUGGGUUAAGUACCUUCCUCCAAACAUGACACUCCUCUUCAAAGAGCAAAUCUGUUCAGCACAUUCUGACAGACAGACCACCAUUCUUCUGUCAUGAUGCUGUACAGGACAUUUUUAGAGUUUUUCUUUUUAAAGAUAAAUAGGAUUACAUUUAAAUAGCAAUAAUUUCACAUUAUCAUUUUCCCACACUUCUGUAUAACUGUAUUUUGUUGUUUUUCAAUAAAGAAUGACAAAUU